CAAAAAUUACCAAUCACGCCCAUUUCGUUAGCCUCAUGUUUUGAACGUCUCUCUCUCUCAUCUCCUUAUACUUGAAAGACUGGAAUUUUAGACAAAAAUAAUAUCAGAAACACAAACACACACUUUUGUUUCUCUCACUACAUGCGGUGAAGACUUGCUGUGAGUCGUCAAUUAUUGGUUCGUUUGUUAUCAGAUCAUCAGAGUUCUGAGUUGUGGCGGUGAUGGUGCCAACCAAAAGCCAGAACGCCAGCGGUUCAGAUUCCGAAUACAGCACCAGCCACAGGCAUCUCCGUCACCGGAGGAGCAGCGGAUCAAGUCCCUGUUGAGGGUGAGGGCUCCACAGAACAAGGUCCCAAGAACCAAAGUGGCCACACCGAUGACCAGAAAUUGAGGAACACAGCUAAUAGGCAAACUUCUAUUGCAAUGGGAGAGUUCAAUGCUGCAUCAUAUGUGGCUGUCAAUGAAACACCUUCUCCUAGGGUAAAUAGUGUUAGGAAAGUCUCAAUUUUGCCCCUUGUUUUUCUCAUCUUUUAUGAGGUAUCAGGGGGGCCAUUUGGGGUUGAGGACUCUGUUCAGGCAGCUGGUCCCCUGCUAGCCCUUCUCGGGUUUUUGAUAUUCCCGCUCAUAUGGAGCGUACCUGAAGCCCUAAUAACCGCGGAAAUGGGUACCAUGUUCCCAGAAGAUGGUGGCUAUGUGAUUUGGGUUUCGUCUGCUUUGGGUGACUAUUGGGGGUUUCAGCAAGGUUGGGUGAAAUGGCUGAGUGGGGUCAUUGAUAAUGCGCUCUACCCAGUUUUGUUUCUUGACUAUUUAAAAUCGGCAAUCCCAGCAUUAGCUGAUGGUUUUCCAAGAGUCGUAGCAAUAUUGGCUUUGACUGCUCUCCUCACUUACUUGAAUUAUAGGGGUUUAACCAUUGUGGGAUGGGCUGCUGUUCUUCUAGGUGUACUCUCACUCCUUCCAUUUGUAAUUAUGGGACUUAUUGCAAUCCCAAAAAUAAAGCCUGCACGAUGGUUAGUGGUAGAUUUUCAGAGUGUUGAUUGGAAUUUGUAUCUAAACACUCUUUUUUGGAAUUUGAAUUACUGGGAUUCGAUAAGUACACUUGCUGGAGAGGUGGAUCAUCCAAAGAAGACUCUACCAAAGGCUCUGUUCUAUGCUUUGAUCCUAGUUGUUUGUGGGUAUGUUUUUCCCCUACUAAUUGGUACGGGAGCUAUACCACUUCACCGUGACUUGUGGACUGACGGGUACUUCUCAGAUAUUGCUAAGAUGAUAGGUGGAGUAUGGCUGCGAGUUUGGAUUCAAGGGGCUGCGGCAAUGUCUAAUAUGGGGAUGUUUGUGACCGAGAUGAGCAGUGACUCUUUUCAACUUCUUGGUAUGGCUGAAAGAGGGAUGCUUCCUGAGUUUUUCGCCAAGAGAUCUCGUUAUGGAACUCCUCUUGUUGGGAUCUUAUUUUCGGCUUCCGGAGUGAUUUUGCUUUCAUGGCUGAGCUUUCAAGAGAUUGUAGCUGCAGAAAACUUUUUGUAUUGUUUUGGAAUGAUUUUGGAGUUCAUAGCAUUUGUAAGGUUAAGAAUGAAAUACCCAGCUGCAUCUCGGCCUUACAAGAUACCUUUGGGAACUGUUGGAUCCAUUUUGAUGUCUGUUCCUCCGACCAUAUUAAUUUGUAUCGUGUUGGCUCUUUCUUCACUCAAAGUGAUGGUUGUAAGCCUUGUUGCUGUUGUGAUUGGUCUAGUGAUGCAGCCUUGUCUCAAGCAAGUUGAGAGAAAGAGAUGGCUUAGGUUCUCCAAAAGUUCUGAUCUACCAGAUCUUUGUGGUACUGCUCGUGAGAAUACUGAAUCCCUAAUUGAAUAAGCCAUCCUUAUUGUUCUUGCCCAUAUAGAGCAUUGAUUGAAGAUGCAAACUUCAUGCUGAGAAGAUGCAACUGCAGCAUUCAAUAUAUUCCAAGAGAAGCUAACCAAUGUGCAGAUGCACUUGCCAACAUUGGAGUUAACCAAACAGAGCACCUUGUCUUCUUAGAUGACCCACCCAGUUCUAUCAUCUCCUUUUUAUUUGCGGACAUGGUGUCUGCUAGUUCAAGGAGGGUCUGAUCCUCCUUUUGUUUAUUUGCUUGUACUAAACUCUCAACUCUGUUUUCCUUUCAUUUGAAUCAAAAAAGAAUAAGUCAUCCUUAUUCACCCAAAAAAUAA